GGUUCUGGCGAGGGAGAUGUUGCUCGCUAUAACGUAUUGAAGUGUUUCUGCACGGCAUAUCCUAGCAGGGGCAGAGGUCAUAUGGGAAUGCACUGCCCACAGUCAUGGACUGGAUCGGGAGGGAGACAGCCACAGCUCAAACAAUCAAUGCUGAUAGAGUCUGACAAUAAGCCCGGGGUAUGGUAUGUUAACGCAUCACAGUACAGGGGCUGGAUAUUUGAUGAUAACUUAGAGACUCCCGGAUGGGUAUGGGUUCUGAACACUAUGCCAGCGAUAAAACCGGAUAUUUACCCACCAUACGACAGUCAAACAGGAGCGAAAAGGAUGGAAGACAAGGAAGUGGGUUACAUCACUAAACCUAUGAUCGAUGAUGCCACCGUGCUCGACGAUAAACAGAGGUUACAGACCAUGACAGAACUGCACAAGCUGGGACAGGAAGCGGAGCUGGCUUUCUUGGAAAACAAAAGCGCAAGGGAGGAAGCAAAGGAGGCAAAGAAAGUGGCAAAGGAAGAGGGAAGGAAGGACAGUGGUGAACAACAAAGCAGGGAGAGCGCAACUGAAAGAGAUCAUAACAUGGAAGAGAUGGAAGUGGGGGAGGAUGGAUGUACAUCCACUACAGGGCAGGGUAGGAGGGUGGAGUCACAAUCCUCUCUUAAUAGGAAAAUAAGUGAUAGAGAGUCGACGAGGGGGGACAGCAUAAGCCAAGGGCCCAAAAGGACACACGCAGAAAGAGGGGAGGGGGAAGCCUCCUCACAGCCAGGAAAGGAUCAGGAUUUGGGCAAAGAAGAAGAAGACCAAGGACACAACAGUGACCAGGGAGAUGGGAUGGAAGCCACUCCCCAGGCAUCUGGGGAGUCCUCAUCCUCAUCAUCGAACCAUGAAUCAGGAAGGAACGAAACAGCAGCAGGCAGCAGUUCCAAAACAACCCCAACGGGUGAGAGCACAAGGGAAGCAACAGAGGAAACAGUAAGAGGGGCGCAUGAGGACAGGUCGGAGGAGGGAACGGACAAGAUGUCACAGGAUUUGAAUGAUGAAGAAGACGAAGAAGAGGAAGACAAUGAUGAGGAAGAGUGGGAAGAUGCAGAACGAGAGGAAGAAGGAGAAGAAGAACCAGAAACUUUGGCUCAGUGGAUCAGGACAGCCACAGGAGCAGGAGAGGGUUUCACAACAACGAACCGCUUUGAAUGGUUGAAGAAAGAACAGGAAGUCAAUGAAUUCUACGCAGCGCAGUACGCAUGGAAGGCCAGACCAGAUAAUAAUGACAUUACGGUGCACAAGGCUGGAUAUGCAAAGCAGUUCGUAUGGCCAAAAACAUACCAGCCACAAGGCUUGAAAAGGUCAGAGCAGAAGCGCAAGAUGCAGCAAGAAGCGGCGGACAAAUCCAACAGUGGGGAUCAUGAAACAGACGAAGCAACCAAUGGAAGAGAAGAGGACGAGCAGAUGGAAGAGGAGAAGAGACAGGCAGCAAUCCUGGAAGCGCGGAUUAAUGUUCUCAAGGAUCAGAACAGGGAGCUGGAGGCAGACACUAUAAACCUGCAGAAGAUUGCUUCCUCAUCGCACAUGGACAUAAAAGCUGCAGCAAAGCUCUACGCGAAACACAACCCGGGCAGGAGAGUCAUCAUUCCUUUCCGCUGGAACAAUGGUAAUUCGGAUUGGGAAGUGGCUAUUCAAAAGUCGCUUGCACUACUCAUGGUAAACGAAACCCAAUGUUCUCAGGAUGUGCUCAAGGAGUUGAUCUCUGACGACCUACCCAGGAAGGCACAGAUAUUGGGAAGCAUCACACAGGACAGGGAGGAAUGGGAUGAAAAGGCUGGAGGUGGGUCUAUGGUUGACUACAGGCCUAUCAUGAUCAAAUUACAGGAGAAGGAUAGACUGGCGGAGGGUUUGGUCUGGAUGCCAUGGCAGGUGGUGGAGACAAUACCGUACGGUCUCUUGGGAGGAUUGGAGGCAGCGGAGUGGGUCGCGAGGGGGGCAGCAAUAGUCACCAGGACGCAAGUCUUCUCGUGGUUACCGGAUUACAUUGCUAACAAGAUAGCACCGCCGUCAACAGAGAUAGACUGGUCUCAAACAGGUUCUUGAGGAGGUAGUUCUACAAGGGGAAGUAACAAGGAACAUGACCAAUGGAGGAUGGUAUGAGGGAAGAGAUAGCUAAGAGAAGAAGGACAGGGACCAAUGUAGGAAAGAGGGAGCCAGAAAUUUCAAUCAUGUCAUGGAAUAUUAACGGGAUGGUACAGAUCUUGGAGAAUAAAGAUAAAUGGGACAAUGUAUUGAAGUAUUCAAAUUGGUUUGGAAGGAAUCCACCAGAUUUUCUAUGUAUACAGGAAACUCAUCUCACAGAUACUCCGGAACAUCAACGUAUUCAGCACCGCAUCCUACAACAGCUAAGGUGGGUCAAAGCUAGCUUUUGGGGUACAGCUGCUAGAUCACACUCAGCAGGAGUAGUAAUAAUACAAAACAAAAGGUCGUGGGCGGCAAACAAAAUAGUUAUACAAGA